AUGCCUUCUUACUCUGGCACCGAGCAUGUUAUCGGCAGUGGCACCGCUGACGACUCGAGCGAGUCUGAUGGGCUGCCGAGUCCGCCUGUGGUUGAUCGAGCUGCUGCUGCUGCUGCUGCUGCUGCUGCUGCUGCGUCGUCGGCGUCGUCGUCGUCGGAUUCGUCUGUGGAUUCGUCGUUUAGGAAAAGUACGAGCGCGGUUGAUGAUAGUUUUAGCACCGCGAGCAGUUCUGCUGCGGAUCCGUCGACUUCUGACUCCGUGCCUCUUCUCACGAAGCGCGGGAACGAGCACCACCACUCCCUCUCAAAGACGACAACCACCACCACCGUCUCUGAAUCCAUCGAUCUUCCCCAACUCACAAUCACAAAAAAGACACUCACCACGAGCACCUCCACGCAGGAGUUUUCAGCCAACGACAAAGCCAAGAAGCAGAAACGCCGGCCCCGGUUCGCAGACCUAAAUUUCCAGCCCAGCACGACGAUCCUCGAGAACGAGGCCAGCAAGACCUCGAUCUUUGCCGGCUUCUACACGCUCUUCUGGCUCGGCACGUUCUUUGUGUUUUUGAAAACAAUCUUGAUCAACUACCAUCGCAAUGGGUACAUCAUGCAGACCCACAUCGUGCACAUCCUCUGGCGCGACCUGCCAAAGAUCGCAUUCACAGACUUCUUCCUCUUCCUCUUGACCUUUGCCCACGUCGGCAUCCAGAAAACUAUCGCCAACCACGUCAUCUCCUGGAACGGCGCCGGCACCUGGAUCGUGUCAAUCUACGAGCUCGUGUUUCUCGGCCUCGCGCUCUGGUGGCCAAUGUACUGCGACUAUCCCUGGAUCGGCCGCGUCUUUCUCUGUCUGCACUCGCUCGUCCUGCUCAUGAAACAGCACUCCUACGCCUUUUUCUGCGGCCACCUCUCCACCGUUCGCGACAAUCUCGCGCUCUUUGAAUCCGCUUUACGCGGACUGCGCGAGGAACCCGAGGACGGCAAGUUAUCCGAAAGCCAGCUCGAGCAAGAGCAGAAACUGCUCGACGAAAUCACGUUCUGCCACGUCGAGCUCCGGUCCGAAGUCGGCGCGUGCACAAAGUACCCGCGCAACGUGUCGCUGUGCAAUUUCUUUGACUACAUGAUGAUGCCGACGCUGGUCUACGAGCUCGAGUACCCGCGCACGGAGAAGAUUCGCUGGGGGUACGUGUUUGAGAAAGUCGCUGCUAUAUUUGGUGUUUUCUUCCUCAUGAUCCUUAUCGCCGAACAAUACUUUUACCCGAUCGUCAUGCACGCGCUCAGUCUGCGCUCUCUUUCAUUUGUGGAUAAAGCGCGGGAAUACCCGUUCCUGCUACUCGAGCUGAUGAUGCCGUUCAUGCUCAUGUACCUGCUCACCUGGUACAUGAUCUGGGAAGCGAUUCUCAACGCGAUCGCCGAGCUCACGCGGUUUGCCGAUCGUAGGUUUUACGGGCCGUGGUGGAAUUGCGUGCAGUGGGACGAGUUUGCGCGCGAGUGGAACGUGCCGGUGCAUUUGUUUUUGCUCAGACAUGUUUAUCAUAGCAGUAUCUCUGCUUUUAAGGUGUCCAAGCACGCCGCUACCUUUGUGACAUUCUUCAUCUCCUCGGUAAUCCACGAACUCGUGAUGUUUGUCAUCUUCAAAAAACUCAGAGGCUACCUUUUAUUCCUGCAAAUGUGCCAGCUACCGCUCGUCCAGCUUUCCAAAUCAAAGUUCAUGAAAGAAAAUAAGGUCUUUGGGAGUAUCAUGUUUUGGUUUGGCAUUUAUACCGGGCCGUCGAUGAUGUGUGUUUUGUAUCUUACUUUUUAG